AUGAAAUUCACAUCAGCUUUAUUAACCUUUCCUCUUCUUAUUUCUUUGGUUUGUGCUGGAGUAAUAAGACGAGAUGCCGAACCUCAGGAAUACAAGAGAGAUGCCGAACCAGGCGUGUACAAGAGAGAUGCCGAACCUCAGGAUUGGGACAAGAGAGAUUGGGACGAUAAGAGAGAUGCCGAACCUCAGGAUUGGGACAAGAGAGAUUGGGACGAUAAGAGAGAUGCCGAACCUCAGGAUUGGGACAAGAGAGAUUGGGACGAUAAGAGAGAUGCCGAACCUCUGGAUUGGGACGAUAAGAGAGAUGCCGAACCUGACGAGUACAAGAGAUCUCACUAUAAGUCUUCUGGAUAUUAA